UGAAAAACUAAGAAAGAACGUACAAAAAAGUCAUGAAAUGGAAAUAAAUCAACGUGCACAGCAAUUAGCAACUGAAAUGAGAGGAGCAAAACCUACUGGGGAUAUUUUGAAAGGCAAAUUUGAUCUCAUGUGGGAAACCUGGAUGACAGAGUUUAAUACAGAAACAUCGGAAGAUAGUGUAUCAAUCAAACAGCAUAUUGAAUCUCUUAUUUGGGACAAGUUUAGCGCAGAUGCUGCAUUUUUGGAGUGCCAAGUAGAUGAUUCUGAACCCAAUACAAGCAUGAUGCAAAUAGAUGAAUACACACCAAUAAAAGACGAUAUACAUUCUAGUCUCAAAAGAAUAUAUGGACCAGAAAUAGCUAGCAAUAUAGUACAAAUGUCGGAUGAUGAAUUCCAGAUUUUUCAGGAUUUGAUUCGACUUGAAGGAAGUAUUGGCAUAAUCGAUAUAGCUGAUUGUCAUAUACAAAUUAAGCGAUCCUUGUUUGGCUUUGGAAAGGACAAAGAGGAUAGGGAUACUUGCAAGAAGCAAACUGUUUACUCUACUAAUACGCUUUUGCAGAAAAUUGAUAUGUUCUUGGACAGAGAGAUUGCUUUGAAUUUUAAUGUCAAGUAUGCAGAACACAUUUUUGAAACAAUACAGCGUCAUAUUGAAAGUCAAAAUAAAAUUCUAUUGAGCAAGUUCCAUUUUGCUUUGACACCUAACUAUGGAAUUAUGGUCACUACACAUAUAAUAAGGUAUGCUAUGAUAUGGUUCACAAAUCUAAACGUAAACUAUAGAAGGAGACAUAUUACCCAAUCUGCACAAAACACUGCCCUUGGUAAUCGACAGAAAUCUGGAAACGUUGUAUCAGGUUCAUAUAGAAAAACGAAACCCAAUAAAAAACUUGUGAAACUUGAAGGAAGCAUUAAUACAUCAGACAUUCUGGCAAAUCAUAUAAGUAUGAUUAAAUCAUACGAGAAGAAAAACUGGAAUACAUUUACGGAUAUUAGAAACGAUGCAGUUGCGGUUACUGAUAAAAUGUUGAAGAAAAUAGACACAAGACUGACUGAAUACAACGCACAGGAUGUGCGAUUUGACAUUUCGUUUGCUACAGAAAUACUGUUAUUGAUUUCACAAGAAAUAGAUAAACAUAAUAAACACCUGGAAAACACUUACAAAUUUAAUCUGUUACCACCUUACAGAGUAAUGGUCGUCACCCAUGUUCAACCCUUCAUUACAGAUUUUCUCGUUUAUUUGAAUGAUAAAUAUAACAAGAAACAUAGUCCCAAAGGUCAAAUGGAGGAAUACAAAGGAACUGUUUGGACAUUGUUUCAGAAUGUUGUGGAUAGCAAGACAGAAAAUGUAAUUGCAUCAAAUUUCUUUAGAAAAGCUAUCUGCAAGGCCGUAACUGAUCAUUUGGAUGGACUUCUUCCAAUUAUUGUACAGGAGCACAUAAUGAUGUCAUUUGCACAUGAAAAGUAUUCGUUAAUGAAAACAAUCAUGAUCGAUUUAGCUGAAAAAGAAGACUUUUAUCAUUUCGCUGUAUUCAUAAAUGACCCUAGUGAAUAUACAAGACUAUGGAUGAAUCAGUAUAUAAUUAAUGAAAUAUUUGAUCAAGGAGACGAAAACUGUACCACUUACGGACGUUUAGCGCAAUCGCAAAUAAAAAAGAUACUGAAACAGUUAUCAAAGUGCUUUUCAGAAGCAUCACGUAUUUGUCGCAAUUCUGAAAUGAACGAUAUAUCAAGCUGGAUACAAUCAUUCAUUGAACAUAGCAGAGAAUUAAACACAAUUCCAUUUUCAAACGAAGAUUUUGUUCAUGUGCAAAAUAGACACGUGGAUGACUUAGAUAAUUAUACCGAAAUCAUUAUCGUUGACUUGGAGGAUAUUGAAAAUGACAUCGUUCAGCCUUAUCGUAAUACUGACCAAUAUACUGUUCAAUGGAAGGAAAAUCCAAUAUCAGGAAUAAUGGAAAAGCUGUGGGGUUGUACGGCAAAAUGUAUGUUUUGUGCAGAACCUUGCAGGCACACAGGUAAAACCCAUAUGGAGGAAGAUAUCCCACAUCAAUGCAUACAGCACAGACCCCAAGGAAUUGGCGGUUUUCACUGGGAAGAUACUAAAUAUCUUGUGACAGAGUUUUGCAAUUUUUGGGUGCAAACACAGCAGCGCUAUAGAUGGGGAGAGACAGAAAAGAAAGAAUACAGAUAUUAUAGGGAAUAUAAGAAACAUUUUCCAGAUUGGGAUAUCGUACCCUCGUCUGACACGUCAAAAUAUUGGAUGUGGGUAAUGAGCAAAUAUCCAAAUGAACUAAAAGAAAGAUAUAGUGUUGAAGAACCAAAUUUGCCAGCAACAUGGAAGCUUAUUACAAAACAGGAAGCAAUAGACAGUCUUUCAUUUGUUUGAGACUCGAGCUCUUUGCUGAACACGUAUUUCAAAUCAAUGAUCAAAAUUUAAUAUCAUGACUUGUCUUGAGAAAUCCGUUUUUAAACUGGGGACCUUUAAAACUUACAACUAUGACUUAACAAUAUAGAAUAGUUCAUAAAAGGAACUGCCAAAAAUAUUAGACAGUACAACAGACCAUACAAACCACCAACACUUGACUCCUCCAUGAAAACAGAUAUAGAAAAAAGAUAACCAAAGUCGAACAAUGCAUGGUCAAGAUCGACUGACUUAUGCAAAGCAGGAGUACGCUAACCGUGUUAAGGCACCCGGUCUUUGUCCUUUGGGGUUCAUGUUAUUACCUCAGUUUUUAUUUGUUACCGUGGUUUGUCUUCUUAAUCGAUUUAUGAUAUUCGAACAUUGGUAAACUAUUGCUGCCUAUAUUUGGUACUAGUUUUACUUACACACAAUCCACUCUUUGCCAUAAAAUUUAAAUUAAAUGAUAAAACAAUUUUCAAUGAUAAUGUUAAUGCAUAACUUAAAAUAUGAACUAGACUACACUUUAUCUAGAAAAUACUGUAUUCAAGUUAAACUGAAAAGAUGCAUUAAACAUGGUUGCGAUAUUUUGAAUUAGUCGAUGAGCAGAACGUGUGAAAAAGGAUAAUGCUAGCUCCUUUUUAUUCUUCCCGGGAAGCUCUGCAUGUUUAACGAAUAAAAAAAAAAUCAUUCAUCUAGAAGAUAAGCAUGGUUGGUUAUCAUAGAAUUAUCUCUCAAAAUGAAUUCAAAAUGAAUGCAUGAAUGAAUGAAUGAAUGAAUGCAAAUAGAAAGUCGUGGAUAUUGUUUUCGGAUGUUAAAUACUAGAAUAAGACUUUGAACUUUUUUGUACAUACUAUGAACGAAAUAAAUCUACAUUUAUAUCGUUUUUCAGUAAGGUGUGGUGAGAAAGUUAUAUCUAUGUAUGUACCAAUUUCAAAAGGUAUCAACUGUCAUUGAUUAUUUUGAAAGUUAUAAAAUCCUUAUCAAAGUGUUAUAAUUUUUGCGAUAUCUUAGACAAGUGUUCAUUUUUACUGACCCAUGACUAUAGGGGUAAUUAAGUAAAAAAGUCUAUCUUUGACUUUAUUGCAAACUUUUUUCUUAAAUUAAAUGUAUAAUUGGUUUACUUUUUGAUAUCAUAAGCUUUCAUAUAUCAUACAUUAAAGUACAAAAUAAGCCGCAUAUCAUUUUUGGGCCUUUCACAUGACCUUGUUUAAAAACAGUGUUCUCAAUAAAUUCAUAAACUGACCCUAUUACAAUUUAAACCUGUAGUAAAACCUUUUUUUUAUUCAGCAUUAAUUUGUUUUAUUUUCUUUACCUUAGUUUUUUAUCCAUCUUAUGAAAAAAACAAACAUUAUCUAACCAAUCAGUGGAACACAGGUAUUUAGUGUUACCCAGAACGUUCUCCCCAAAAUAGUCAGUCCUUGAUGUCGUGUAUUUUUUUUACUGAAUUUUCCCCUAUAGAUAAAAUCUUUUAAAUAAUAUUGGCAAUUGUUGCUAGUUUUAAAAAUCAUCAUCUUGUGUACUUUAUCAGAUUUUUGAAUGAUACACAAACAAUGUUGUUUAUUCACGUAAAAAGAUUAGCUUCACUAUUUGACAUGCAUUAUGCUGACUCAAAACAAAAAUAUAUGACUAAAUUUGAGAAAUAUGAUGUGUAUAAGUUGCAACUUUGUACAUAUCCACUCUUCGUAUUGCCUAAUAUGAAAUCUUAUCGCACCUCGGGUAAAUCAGUGACGUUGUGAUGUCCUGUGAUUGGUUUGACGCCGUUAUGUGGUGACCCCCUAUGAAUCUGUAAACUUCAUAUGGGUGUCAUGACGCCACGUCUAAUAAUAAUGGUGACGUCAUCUAUUAUUGUUACUGUAGUUUUAUACAUAACUUGGCAGGAAACGUCCCGUGUACGAUAAAUUCGUUAUACGGUUCACAACGGUUAUACGGUUCUACGGAUCUAUAGAAGGUUAGUAAAAUCCAUAGGGAAUUCGGCCUCCGUAGGGGGACAGUAGCAAACCAUAUGGUAACUUAUAAUGUGAUGAGCCCAAUCAAAUGGAAAUAUGAUUUCCAAUCAUAUUUGUGAAACUAACCUCAUGGUCUUAAUAUGCCAAUUAACUCGUGAUUGCUUGAAGAAAUAGUGUAAAUCUCAAAUCCUUUUGUAACAAUUUUUUUUCUAUUUUACUUCUUAUUUUGUAUUUAUACAUGUAGAGUUCCUAAUGUUAACAUUACACUAUUACACCACACACAAUUGGCUCUGAAAUGUAAACGAUUUUCACUUUUCGAAAUCAUCCAUUUCAUGCAUGAGGGUCACGUCUGAUUGUGGUUAACAGAAUAGAUAAUAAUGGGAAAAGUGAAGAAUAAUGGGCAAAAUAUAAUAAGUAUAGAGAAAAAUAGGGCAAAAAAAAUAAAAAAAAUAGAGAAUAAUGAGGUGCUGAAAUAUAAAGAAUAGAGAAUAACAGGCAAAAUUUAUAAUGAAUAAAGAAUAACAGGCAAAAUUUAUAAAGAAAAAUUACCUCAAAAUUUAAAGAAAACAGAAAUGAAUAACCCCCAAUCCUGACCCUCAUGCAUCAGCUCUAUUAAACUCUUACAGUAUGACUGGCAUUGUUUUCUUGUCAAUUAGUUAUGUGGGUUUUUUUAGCAUAAUGAAAAUGCAACAAUUUUCUGCGUUUUGUAAAAAACAAUCGAUUAGUGAAUUAUUGUCCAUCGGUCAGUUCUGGUAUUAAAUUCAUGCUUUGUUCGAUCAUAAAAUUUUCAAAGGUAAAUAUUUGAAUAAAGCAUCAAGGGUCAAAUUAUUGUGUAAGGAUAUAUACUUUCAGUUGAAGGUCACAUUUGUCAGUAUAGUCCUUCUGAAUACUGUGAUCCUUUUUUUAACAACAUUAACAAACUUAGAUUUAACUAUGAUACUGUUUGACUCUUGGUGAAUUAUAUAUGUGUUUUAUAUCACCUUUAAUUUCUUAGAAGUGUAUUUUGUGACACAGUUUGUGAAACAUAUAUGGCGCAAUAAGCAAUAUUUUAUUUACCGAGUUUAGAACGGUAUUGUUGUGAUUUUUAUUGUAAACUGGUGAAAUACAUGUACCUUUUUUUUUAGAUACUUUGUGGUUUUUUGUAGAUGUGAUGUAAUGUCGUAUUAUAUGAUUAUAGAUUUAAAAUAAAAUAUAUUGAGAAUU